AAUACCGCGUGGGCGUGGACACGAACACUUCAGCAUUCAAACGAGGCAGAAGUGGAGAUCAGCAUCUCGUUUUCUUAGCCCGUGGAAGCAGCACUUUGUCGAACAGUGUUACUUAACCUGAACACAAGAAUAAAGAAGCUCGAUCUGCUCCUGAAAUAAAAACAUCUCUGAUUAGUGUUAUGGCAAGAGGAGAGGGAGCCGAACAGUUCUCAUCUGGUUUGUUACAUACAGCCAAAACUGUGAAUCAAGAUGGAAUCAAAAUUUCUAAGCUCUCCCCACAGCAGGAGAGGAAAAGAGCUCUGACUGUGUGGAGCAAGGUGUGUUUUGCAAUCGGAGGGGCUCCAUAUCAGAUCACAGCCACCGCCCUGGGCUUCUUUCUGCAAAUCUUCUUGCUUGAUGUGGCACUGUUGGAUCCCCUCAAUGCUUCUGUGAUCCUGUUUGUGGGUCGGGCCUGGGAUGCUGUGACUGAUCCUGCAAUUGGGUUUUUAGUAAGCAGAAGCCCAUGGACACGGCACGGACGUAUGAUGCCCUGGAUUCUGGUGUCCACCAUACCAGCUGUGUUGUGUUAUUUCCUGAUAUGGGUAGUUCCACCUAUAGAGCAGGGAAAGAUAAUGUGGUAUCUGCUCUUCUACUGUCUCUUCCAGACUCUCCAAACAUGCUUUCAUGUGCCUUACUCCGCUCUGACCAUGUUCAUCAGCAAUAAACAGGAGGAACGAGAUUCAGCCACAGCGUACCGCAUGACUGUAGAGGUAUUGGGUACAGUAAUUGGCACUGCCGUUCAGGGGCAGAUUGUAGGCAUGGCCAACACCCCCUGCAUUAACAACACAUCCCCGACCAACAGCUCCAAUCACUCUGUGCAUGGCAAUAACUCUCAGUUACUGGAUAAAAAAGUUUUUAAUGAGAGGCUUGCGUAUAUGAUUGCAUCUGCAGUCAUAAGUUUGAUCUAUGUCCUGUGUGCUGUUGUGCUGUUUUUUGGAGUGAGAGAGCAGGACAAUCAGGGUGGUUUAAAAGCACAGAAGCAUGUGUCAUUUCAGACUGGUUUGCGGCUGGUGAUGGGUCAUGGGCCAUAUGUUAAACUGGUGCUGGCCUUCCUCUUCACUUCUCUGGCCUUCAUGCUGCUGGAGGGAAAUUUUGCUGUGUUCAUCAAGUACACACUGGGAUUCAGAGAGGAUUUUCAGAACAUCUUACUGGUCAUCAUGCUGUCUGCCACUUUUACUAUUCCCAUGUGGCAGUGGUUCCUCUGCCGGUUUGGCAAAAAGACUGCUGUGUACAUUGGCAUACCAUGGGCAGUGCCCUUCAUGAUCCUGGUGGUGUGUGUAAAGAGUAGUCUCUUCGUGUCCUACAUCGUAUCAAUCGCAGCUGGUGCCAGUGUGGCAGUGGCCUUCCUCCUGCCCUGGUCCAUGCUUCCAGAUGUUGUAGAUGAUUUUAAAGUCCAGAAUCCCACCUCUCAAGGCCAUGAAGCUAUUUUCUACUCUUUCUAUGUUUUUUUCACCAAAUUCGCCUCUGGAGUGUCACUUGGAGUAUCAACACUAGCAUUAAGCUUUGCAGGUUAUGUGACGGGAGUUUGUGUUCAGUCUGAUUCUGUGAAUCUGACAUUGAAGAUGCUGGUGUCGGCUGCUCCUGUAUCACUUAUAGCACUGGGGCUUCUCAUCUUUAAAACGUAUCCCAUCAAUGAAGAAUGCAGGCAGUACAACAACAAACAGCUGCAGCUGCUACUGCGGAACGAAGAACAAGAGUCUGAGAUGGAGGCCUUGAAGCCUGACAUCACAGCAUGAAAUACCAGCUCUGACCUACAGAGGGCGCCAACAUACAUCUUAACCACUGAAAUUAGGAAAUUUAUCCGCUGAACUUUCAGAGAGAACUUUCCUCACUCAGUUGGAUAAUUGGACCAAUGAAGGAUGAUGAACCCUAAAAAAAUCUGCACUACUGUUAUCACAGCUACAUAUUUAUACAACUAACUAACUACAAGAUCAUAUUUGCUGCUUUCAGUAACAAUUACAGCUCUCCUGGGAGAGAACAAAGGGAGACUUGUAUGAUCAAUAUUUGGUUCAAAUCUACCAUCUACUAAUACAUCAUAUUUUGUUGCAAAUCUCUUUUCUCAUUUGAUAUGAUGGAUUAAUAUUUUGAUUUCUGAAUGUGAAGGAUGUGUUGGGUUGCAGUUGUUUGAGGACGUAUUUCCUCAAUGUGGUGAAGAAUUGUUCGGGUUUUUUUUUUUGCACUUGGGGUGAAAUAUUUGUAGUGGAACAAAAAAAUAAUAAUUUUCUGUUUCUUUAAAGACGGCAGUUUAUUAGCAUGAGGAAGAUGACACUUAUUUGUCUGUCAAUUUUUUUUAUGGUUCUGUAUUUAUUUAUAGUGCCUUAUAUUGAGUAAGAAAGUGAAGAGAUUUUCUAAAACCUGAUCAAAUUAUAUUAUGGUAAUUAACACAAGUAAAUUUAAGUCACAGCUCAUAGGAACAUCAAUUCUCUGAAUCUGUGCAGCUGUGCCAAAGAGUCAGUGACAGACUAAAGGAACGUUUAGAUGAAAAUGUUCAUUGGUGCAGUAUUUUUCCAACAUGAAAUGUUGGUAUCUCUGUACAUUUGUGUGUGUGUGUGU